AUGAAAGCUAUCGUUUGUGUUUUUGUGGCCCUUUUGGCCUGCGUAGCAGCCUACGAUGUGCAGCUGCUCACCGAGGAGCAGUGGAAUCAGCUGGUGGAGCGUAAUCCCGCCAAGCCUGAUACUCAGGGUCUGAUCUUGAAUGGAUCGGCCAAGAAGGCCAUUAAUGGCUUGCUUAAGCAAUUGCCUUGCGGAUGGCCCGAAUAUGGAAUCCCUCCUCUGGCUCCCUACACCAAUGCUGAUCUGCGCAUCCACUUGGCUGAGUCUGUUGUCGAUACCCUGCUUCAGUUCUUGCGCUUCCGUUUCGAUGGCCUGGAAGAAAUGGAGAUUAAGCAGCUGAAGGUCAGCUACACCUUCAGCAAGAAGGUCAAGUUCCAUUUCAAAUUCAAGGAGCUUAAGGCCAGCGCUCACUAUUUAGACACCAACACCUUUAUGGAUCUCCUGAAGCAACUUGGAUUGUCAGUCCGUUACGAGAGCUCGGGUCCUUUGUCCUUUAGCCUGGAGAAUCUGUCGAUUCAGGGCGAGUUCAAGUACAAGAUGCCCUUCAUCUUCGGUUCCAUCAAGAUCUAUAAGUUCAGCUGUGUCGUUGGCCUGGGCGGUGUGUCCUCCAACAUUGGCGGUAUUAUGGGAAACGGAAGGAUCAAUGAGUUUAUCAACGACAUGGUUGACAAGGAGGUGCCGGCCUUUAUCAAUGGCAACCAGAAGGCGAUUAGCGCCAAGAUCGAGGAGAUCUUCGUGCCUUUGGUCAAUUCUCAUCUCACGGGUCACAAGAUCUGGUAUCUGUUUACUCUGCUGUCCGCCAGCUCUGGCACCUGCAACCCCACUCCUGCUCCCUGGUUGGCAGUGGAGUCCAGGAAGGUAGAAUAAGGUAGCACCAUCAAUAAAAAGCAAUUCAAGCGA